CUUAAUCUAAACGCAACGGAACAGGUCUUCGUGAUUAAUGUAAGCUGAAAGUGCAAAAUAAUAAUAAUAAGCAAUUGAAAACAAAGCAGCGUGUGCCUGCCGUGCAGACACAAAUAACAACUGUGCUGUCUCAGCAUAUUGAUUUUUGCAAUUAAUAAAUAGCUGGCCUAUUUGUUAGUAAAAAUGCAAAUUAAGCGCUGAGACGCCGGGAUUAGAAAGUCGAACAGCCACCAAGUGUAAAUGCAGUGCAUGUUUUUGUCUUUUUUGUUUGCGUGUGUGUGUGAGCGUCUAUUGCAAAAAGGUAAACACAGCUCAUAAAUCUGUUUUCCGCAAAAAGCACACAAAGAAAACACAGAUAAGCGAAAAAAAAAACUGCGCCAACUGCAAGCUGGUUCCUCAUUAGAUUCUAGCCACAAGAUAAUCGUAAUAAGGCACUAAGUGUAACGUCAAAACUAACGCAGUCUUCCAACAAAAACAAAAACAGUCAGCGCCGCCACGUCAGUGCGAGUGUGAGCGAGAGAGCCAAGACCAUUGAGCCUGCCCAAAGCGCAGACAAGUGUGUGCGAGCGAGCGCGCAAUAGCGAGAACGUAAACAAAGCAGCGACAGCAGCUUAAACCAUGUUCAACAAUUUCAAGAAUCGCUUUAUAUCGGCCAUAGCGCCGGAUUUGCCGCCGCUGCCCAGCAGCGAGAGCGACUACCAGCGCGGUGGGCUGCGUCUGGGCCAGCCAAAGCCAGACAAGUUUGCCUAUGCACGACCGCCGUUCCUCCAGCUGUUGACAUCGGACGAGCUGCGCGCCUCAGCGGAUCACAAUGUGCGGCCCAUAAUUGUGCCGCGUGACAUUAAUCUGCUGCCCUGGGCUACGGGCUAUGCGGAGUGCGUCAACUCGGGCAAGUCCGAGUGGAACGAGGAUCAGGGCGCCUUUUGUCGGCAAGUGCUGUCGGAUCCAGAGCAUGUGCAUCCGGACUUGCCAUACACAUACUUUGGCGUGUUUGAUGGCCAUGCUGGGUACGGCGCUGCUUUGGCUGCUUCACAUCAAUUCCAUCACAUACUGCACGAGACGCUCGUCGACUGCAUUGAGCUGCUGCUGCCGCGCGAGGCGGACAACGAGUCCAAGACGCCCAUGAAUCCCACAUUUCCACAUCCCAUAUACUUUCAGCGGCGCGUCAGCAAGGAUGAGAUCAUCAUUGGCGCACUGGAGACGGCUUUUAUACACAUGGACGCGCUCAUAGAGCAGGACAGGAAUCGUUAUCGCGAGGCAGGUGGCUGCACUGCCUGCGUGGCGCUCUUCAUCGAUGGCAAAAUGUAUACGCGUCGCCUGUCCUGUAUAUCGUACUGCAUAUGCAGAUUGUUGAGCACAAAGGGAUUGCGCAGCUGCGAAUACUCGAUGGCCUUCUCCAGUGGAAAGCCCUUGGAGUGA